GUUCUGCGCUUGUCAUCAUGGCGACGCGGGGCCAUGUGCAGGACCCUAACGACCGGCGCCUCAGGCCCAUUUACGAUUAUCUUGAUAAUGGAAAUAAUAAAAUGGCAAUUCAGCAAGCUGACAAACUGCUGAAGAAACACAGAGAUCUCCACUGUGCGAAGGUUCUCAAGGCGAUUGGUUUACAGAGAACCGGAAGACAGGAGGAAGCUUUCACCUUGGCUCAGGAGGUGGCUGCCCUUGAGCCCACAGAUGACAAUUCCCUGCAGGCCCUGACCAUCCUCUACCGAGAGAUGCACCGGCCGGAGUUAGUCACAAAGCUAUAUGAGGCGGCUGUGAAGAAAGUCCCCAACAGCGAGGAGUAUCACUCUCACCUCUUCAUGGCCUAUGCCAGAGUGGGCGAGUACAAGAAGAUGCAGCAGGCUGGCAUGGCUCUGUAUAAGAUCGUCCCCAAAAACCCUUACUACUUUUGGUCCGUGAUGAGCUUAAUCAUGCAAUCUAUAUCCGCACGAGAUGAGAACCUCUCGAAAACCAUGUUUCUGCCCCUGGCAGAGAGGAUGGUAGAAAAAAUGGUGAAGGAGGACAAGAUAGAAGCUGAAGCUGAAGUUGAACUUUAUUACAUGAUCCUGGAACGCUUGGGAAAGUACCAAGAAGCCCUGGAUGUCAUUAGAGGGAAAUUAGGAGAAAAGUUGACAAGUGAAAUUCAGAGUCGGGAAAACAAAUGCAUGGCCAUGUACAAGAAACUGAGCAAGUGGCCGGAGUGCAACGCCCUUUCCCGACGCCUCCUGUUGAAAAACUCAGAUGACUGGCAGUUCUAUCUGACUUAUUUCGAUUCUGUCUUUCGACUGAUUGAAGAAGCCUGGACGCCUCCUGCAGAAGGGGAGCACUCCUUAGAAGGGGAAGUACACUGCUCUGCAGAGGAUGCUGUGAAGUUUAUAGAGGACCGGAUAACAGAGGCAUCACAAAGCUCUCGCCAUGUCCGGGGCCCACACCUAGCUAAGCUGGAGCUCAUCAGGCGCCUUCGGAGCCAAGGCUGCAAUGACGAGUUCAGACUGGGUGACCCAGAAGAGUUAAUGUUCCAGUAUUUCAAGAAGUUCGGGGACAAGCCUUGUUGCUUCACAGACCUGAAGGUGUUUGUUGACCUCUUGCCUGCUGCCCAGUGCACACAAUUCAUUAACCAGCUCCUGGGAGUUGUUCCACUGUCGACGCCGACAGAGGAUAAGCUUGCCCUGCCGGCUGACAUCCGAGGCCUGCAGCAGCAUCUGUGUGUUGUGCAGCUGACGAGGCUCCUCGGCUUGUACCACAGCAUGGAUAAGAAUCAGAAGCUGGAUGUGGUCAGAGAAUUGAUGUUACGGUACCAGCACGGACUGGAGUUUGGGCGCUCUUGCUUGAAGACAGAGUUGCAGUUCUCUGACUAUUACUGCCUCCUCGCUGUUCACGUGCUCAUUGAUAUAUGGAGAGAAACAGGUGAGGAGACUGCUGUGUGGCAGGCCCUGACUCUGCUGGAAGAAGGCUUAACCCACAGCCCAUCCAAUGCUCAGUUCAAAUUGCUGCUUGUUCGAAUCUACUGCGUGCUGGGUGCAUUUGAACCCGUGGUGGAUCUUUACUCCAGCCUUGAUGCCAAGCACAUCCAGCACGACACCAUUGGCUACCUUCUGACCCGAUACGCUGCAUCCCUGGGUCAGUACGCUGCUGCCUCCCAGUCCUGUAACUUCGCACUCAGGUUUUUCCACUCCAACCAGAAAGAUACCUCAGAAUACAUUAUUCAAGCUUACAAAUAUGGUGCAUUUGAGAAGAUCCCAGAGUUUAUCGCUUUUAGGAACAGGCUGAAUAAUUCUCUCCACUUUGCACAAGUGCGCACUGAACGGAUGCUGUUAGACCUUCUACUUGAAGCAAACAUAUCAACUAGCUUAGCAGAAAGCAUCAAAUCCAUGAACCUGAGGCCAGAGGAAGAUGAUGUUCCAUGGGAGGAUUUGCGAGACAACAGAGACUUGGACGUUUUCUUCAGCUGGGAUCCAAAAGACAGGAAUGUUUCUGAAGAGCAUAAGAAGCUCUCCCUGGAGGAGGAGACCAUGUGGUUAAGAAUUCGCUCCUUAACAUUGAGGCUGAUCAGCGCCCUUCCAAGUCUUACCCACCCCGUGGAGCCAAAGAACUCAGAGAAGAUGUCAGAGAACGGCGUGUCCUCUCGGGUUGACAUCCUCCGUCUGCUCCUCCAACAGCUAGAAGUGGCCGUGGAGACGGGGAAGCGGUUUAUUGAGAAGGAAAUUCAGUACCCCUUCCUUGGGCCGGUCCCCACCAGGAUGGGCAGGUUCUUCAGUUCCGGCUGCUGUCAGUGCCAGGUCCACUCCUUUCAUCUUGUCAGUGAUGUAUACGAGCUCGACACCAGUGGCUUAGAGGGUACAGUGGAUAUACAGGAACGGAUAGAAAAUAGUCUUGCAUCUUUACUAGAACUGUUGAAAGGUGUCUUCAGCACAUGUAAGGGUGACCUCUUAGAAGUUAAAGACGGCAAUGUGAAGACCCAGCCUGCAGUCCUAGAGAAUCUGGUCUUCUUCGUUGAGACUAUUUCUAUCGUCCUUUGGGUGUCCAGCUACUGUGAGAGUGUCUUGCGACCAUACAAAUUAAAUAUUCAGAAAAAGAAAAAGAAGAAAAAAGAAACCAGCAUCGUCAUGCCCCCAAUUUUCACCAGUUUCCAGGACUAUGUUACUGGGCUUCAAACUGUAAUUUCCAAUGCUGUGGAUCAUAUUAAAGGACUUGAAGCACAUCUAAUUGCACUUAAACUUGAGGAGCUCACGUUAGAGGACACGUCUAUCUCUCCGGAAGAAAGAAAGUUUUCAAGGACUGUGCAGAGCAAAGUGCAGAGCAGUUACCUGCACUCGCUUCUGGAGACGGGGGAGCUGCUGAGGAAAAGGCUUGAGACUACAAAGAAACUAAAAAUUUAAGGAAGAAAGAAGUAUGACCCACAGGCACCGAAGACUCCAUAGCAGAAGACGACACCACCUUCCCCAGCAAAACAACAUCUGGCUGGCAUCGUUCUAAUCCAGAACUUCCUCACAAAUGCAUGAAGGACUUUGAUCGUGAAUUAAUUCUUGAGGUAUUAAAUAUAUACAACAAAUUAAAUUAUUGUAUAUAAACCAGAAGCAGGACCCUCAUCUGGGUUUACCACUCUUUAUACCUGUUCAUACAUACAGGACAGCAACAAGAGCAUCCCACCGUCACUCCUGUCAGCAGAGAUGUCUGGGGUGGGCGUUUCUGUACAAGCAGCAAUAGAGAAUAAGUAUAGCAUCGCCCUCCGAGCGGCUGGGGCACUUUUCUAUCGUGCAGUGGGAGUUUGCUUUGGGACUUGAGCCAUAUGAGGCAAAAAGCAAAUGUAGGAGCCGACUUGGGAGCAGGGCCCUUCCCUUAGUGGCAGGUUCUUUGUGAGGUCCCACAAAACCACAUCCCACAGAGGAUCAGGUGAGAUGUGGCUGAGUCCAUGCCACUGCAGGGCACCACACAUGACCACAGGUGCUCAGUUUUGGCUUCGUAGCCCCAACAGCCAAGACAUCCCCAGCCCCGUUCCUGGGAGAGCUCAGCCUCAGGGCAUCGAGGAAGUCCAAGUUGAACCCACUUUGAGGAGGAAUUCUGAGCACAGCCCACUGUGAGCUUCAUAAGCUGCUGCGACUGCGACCUGACGGCCCUCUAGGAGAGGCGGAAGAGCUGUUGGAAGAGGUUGUACAUGCUUUGUGCAGGCGAGUCUGAUGCGUGUACUGUUUUUGAGUCCCAUUCUGCAGCUGAUUCAUGUCACACACAGAACACAUAUGUAUAAAUAUGCUUGGAAACAGAUUUACUACUUCAGUGCUUUUAAGGGGGAGGUUUGGGAUGGAAGGAAUUGUAUGUUAUGGAUUUUAACCUAGGUUUCAAGUUUUAGGUUGACAAAAGCUGUUUUACAAUGGGCCUGGUGUCAGUGUACUUUGGUGACACUUGAGAACUGCCUCAGGAUGUCUUUACGUUGUUCACCUGGGGUUGGAGGUCUGGUCCCUAAGCCUCCAACGUAAGAGGCUGGUCUGAGAGAAGAUGAAAACUGCUCUUGAUUAUGUCAUGCUGAGCCCUGACAGCUCCUUUGGUGACUGUUUUGUGUCUGAAUCUCCUCCUCCUCUUCUGGUCUUGUUCCCUGUCACCUGACUCCAGAGAGUCAGUAACUAGAAGGUGAAAGAUGAAUUUGGUGAGGCUUGGUCUUUCCGUGUACCACUCCAGCGGAGAGGUGACAGAGAGCAGCUGAAGGACAGCUGGCGGUCUCGGUGGCUAUGUCUGCAUCUCAUCCUUUAUCUUGACAGACUUAGACUCACAAACCAGCAUAGUGGUCACUAAUAAUUUAAACGUGUAAGGAAAUCUGCACAAACUACUUUCUGACUUGUAAGCUGUGCCGGAGCUUCAGCCACGGCAUUGCGUCAGAGCAUCACAUGCUCCAUCCUAACACGAACACGGAGGCCCUUUUCCAAUGAGAUGGAUCCAAGACCCUGAUUUUGACUUGCCUUGAACAUCAUCAACUUGUGGUCCCCUUCUGUAGUGGUGGCCUGUUUCCCUUGGGACUGGGUGGGCUUUUGCCUGCCCUGCCAUGGCUCCUGCAAUAAUGUUUUUUUGGGAUAUUCAAAUUGUACUGUUUUCAUGGUCAUAGAUGCUCUAAAACAGCUCCUCAGCUGACCGUGACCAGGGUGGACUCUGGGCUGGCUCUGGUUCUCAGGCAUGGCUCCUUCCUCUAAUGGUCUAUCCAGUCAGUCUCCUGCCCUAACCCGGAGGACCUCCACUGGUCUGAUUGGCAAAUAAUGUCAUGUUGGGGUUACACUUCCUUGCUGAUUUUCUUACUAAAUGUAGCAUUUCAAUCAGAUCUAAUUCUUACAUUUUGAGAUAACUGUAAAAAAGAAUGAAAUUAUGAAAUGGCCAAUAUCUUUUAUCAGUCUAUUCUUUUGGAAACUGUCAUGCACUAUACCUUGUGUACAGCCUCCGCCCCCAUGCUUGUGUGUCAUUAGUGUCUAAGGAGAGGCUCAGAGGCACUGCUGCUCUUCUGGUUAUAUGGGCUUUCUUCUGUUUUGUUUUUGUGUGAUAAAUUGAUAUUUAAAAAACAAAAAACAACAAAAAACACGACUACUGUUUACAGACUGAAAAAAAAAUCACUGCUUUUUAUACUACUGAGAUCCUAAGUCAAGACUUUGCAAAGCAGGAAUUGGGUUCAAGUUAUUUCUUUGCCGUGGACGGAGAGUCCUCUGUAGUUUCUCCUCACGAGGGAGAGUGCACAAACUUAGGUGUGCUGCCAUCAAUUUUGUAUAUUUUCAUAAUUUUAAUUGUUCAAAAUUGCAUUAUAUUUUGCAAUCACCACGUUCAAUCUGUAUAUGUCUUUCAUUUCAACUUUUUCAAUACAAAAAGGGGUUCAAUUCAUCUGCAGGUUCGUUGAAACUCUUCCUACUUUUUUAUGUGAUUUAUUGGUAUGGGAAAUCUGCUCUUGAGAACUAAGUACAGGCAGCAAAUCCACUUUAUCUGGACGGGCUAAUCUACAUAAAUGUUUUUAUUUUAAGGUG